ACAAGGAGCCCGUAACCUGCCUUUAUUCCGCCAGAGCAACACAGACAUGGCCAGGCGAAAGGAGCGUGUUUGCAUGUGUUUUAGCGUCGUGCUGAUAUGUGUUAUAAUUAUAAUUAUCAUUAUAAUUUGCCUGACACACUUUCCUGAGCAGGACUGUCCUGGUGGAGAGUUCAGGAAUGCUGCAGUAGCUGCUGACUCAGACACGUGUUCGAAGGUCGGGAGUCGUGUUCUGCAGUCUGGAGGCUCAGCGGUAGAUGGCGCCAUAGCCGCCCUGUUAUGUACCUCCGUAAUAAACCCGCAGAGUACGGGAAUCGGCGGAGGGUCUAUUUUCACCAUCAUGGAGAGCAACGGUAAAGUGAAAAUCAUCAAUUCCAGGGAGACUGCUCCGAACAGGGUCAAACCAGACCUGCUAUCAGCGUGUUCCAGUGAGGGCUCAGGUAGUCAGUGGAUCGGCGUUCCUGGUGAGAUCCGUGGGUAUGAGAAAGCUCACAGGCUGUAUGGCCGCCUGCCCUGGGCGGACCUGUUUCAGCCCACCAUACAGCUGGCCAGAGAGGGCAUUCCCAUCUCUAUAAUCCUCCAGCACUGCCUUCACAUUCCUAACAACACGUCUUCACCCCUGAGGCAGUUAUUCAUGGAUGCUGAGGGCAACAUGCUAAAGCAGGGAGACACUGUGAAGUUUGAGAGACUGGCAGACACUCUGGAGAUGAUAGCCAAGUAUGGUGCAGAUGUCUUCUACACAGGAGACAUAGCCAAGGAUCUCAUCAGUGACAUCCAGGAAGCAGGUGGGACUCUUACGCUGGAGGACCUGAGCUCGUUCACAGUGUCUGAGCCGCAGGCCUGGAAUGCAUCUGUGGGAGACUAUACCAUGUACUUCCCUCCUCCUCCAUCAGGGGGCGCCACUCUCAGCUUCAUCCUCAAAGUCAUGCAAGGCUAUAACCUCAGCCCGGCGUCUGUGCAGGGAGAGGAGCGGGUUCAUACCUUCCAUCGCUAUGUAGAGGCUUGUAAAUUUGCCAAUGGCCUGAGGAAGUUGAUGAAGGACCCUGCAUUUGGCUCCCAGAUGGAGGCGUCUGCUAUGAUCCAGGAGAAGUUUGCCCAAUACAUUCGAGGACUGAUCAGUAGUAACUCUACCUACAAGGCUGUUUACUACAACAUCACACCCCACGUGGACACGCAAGGCACAAGUCACGUAUCCGUGCUGGCAGAGGACGGUAUGGCCGUGUCUGUCACCAGCACCAUCAACCACCUCUUUGGGUCCAAAGUGCUCUCUCCUAAAACAGGCGUCAUUCUUAACAACCAACUCUUUGAUUUCUGUGGGAAAGUGAACCAAAUCCACCCAGGUGAGCGUCCUCCCUCCUCUAUGGCACCAGUGGUCCUUGCCUCCUCUGCUAAAAAACACACUGUGAUUAUUGGAGCUUCGGGAGGCAGUAUGAUCACCACAGGCAUUUCCAUGACACUCAUGAACCAUCUCUGGUUUGGGAAGAGUCUUAAAGACUCCAUCGCAGCACCUGUUGUGUUUGUGAACUCCAAAAACGCACUCAGGUUUGAACCUGACUUCGACAAGGGUGUCAUAGAGGCCCUCCAAGCACUUGGACACACUGUUGAUAUCCAAAGAAUUUUCUAUAAUGUUGUCAAUGCUGUAUCAAAGCGAAGAGGCUGCAUCGACGCUGUUUCAGACACCCGGAAGAUGGGCAGGUCUUCCGGCUACUGAUCCAGAUGGUCUACACUCCAGAUCUGACCUGUUUAGGCCAGAACUACCCUAUUUACACUCUUAAUGACUAAUUAUACAAGAAUUUCACAGCCCUCUUAGUCAUGAAUAGAAUGAAUUACACCAGCAGGCAACUAAGAAAACUUAGAUUGUGUGAAUUAUUUGUUUAUUCUUAUGAUUUAUAUAGUGUUGAUAAUUACAUUUACAUAUUACGGUA